AUGGCACUACCAAAUUUUGAUGCUCUAAGAGACAUGCACAACUCAGCCAAUGACUUAUUGCUUCAUUCACCACUGAUCAAACGAGAAAUCGCGCAUCACGGACAAGAAAAAUGGGUCCUCGAAGUUUCUGAGACAUCGCUAAGAAUGCUCGAUGUUUGUAGCACCACAAAAGAUGUAAUUUUGCUCAUCAAAGAUCAUCUCUACAACCUCAAGUCCACAUUCAGAAGAAUUAUCUUUGGCGAAAACAAGUUUGCAGCUUACCAUUGUCAACGAAAGAAGUUGAAGAAAGAAAUCUUGAAGCGUUUGCAUUCCUUAAAGGGAAUGAAAAAUCAUUAG